CCUCUCCCACCCCGUGCAACCUCAGCGCCCGGCGCUGGCUCGCCAGCUGUUUGUAGGCCUGGGUGAGAGGCGGGGGUCCGCGGAGGGUAGAGCCGCCCGCGGCCCAGCCUGUCCGUCAGGCUAGGACCGGCCGCGGGGCGGGCGACUCCGGGGCGGCUGCCCGUGCUUCCGACUGACAAGCCCGCGCUGCCCGCCACGUCCCUGGUCUCGGCCGACGGCGCUGCGCGGCGGGUGACCUCUCCGAGCCCCGCGCGAUGACGGCGCCCUGCUGCCGGCUGGCCCGGCUUCCUCCGCGCCCCCGGCUCCGGCUACGGCUCGUGCCGUUCCCGCCGCCGCUGCUGUUGCUGCUGCUGGCGGCCGCGGGGCCGGCGCGCGGCUGGGAGAGCGGAGACCUGGAGUUGUUUGACUUGGUGGAGGAGGUGCAGCUCAACUUCUACCAGUUCCUCGGGGUGCAGCAGGAUGCUUCAUCUGCAGACAUUAGAAAAGCAUAUCGUAAGCUUUCACUAACUUUGCAUCCAGACAAGAAUAAAGAUGAAAAUGCAGAAACUCAGUUUAGACAAUUGGUGGCCAUUUAUGAAGUUUUAAAGGAUGAUGAACGAAGGCAGAGGUAUGAUGAUAUUCUGAUCAAUGGACUUCCAGAUUGGCGACAGCCUGUAUUCUACUACAGGCGGGUGAGAAAAAUGAGCAAUGCUGAGCUGGCAUUACUUUUGUUCAUAAUUCUCACAGUGGGUCAUUAUGCUGUGGUUUGGUCAAUCUACCUGGAAAAACAGCUGGAUGAACUGCUUAGUAGAAAAAAGAGAGAAAAGAAAAAAAAGACAGGCGGCAAGACUGUGGAUGUAUUAAAACUUGGUGCUUCAGAAAAAAAUGAAAGAUUACUGGUGAAACCACAAUGGCAUGAUUUGCUCCCCUGCAAGCUGGGAAUUUGGUUUUGCCUUACACUAAAAGCAUUGCCUCAUCUAAUCCAGGAUGCUGGGCACUUUUAUGCUAAAUAUAAAGAAACAAGAUUGAAGGAAAAGGAAGAUGCAUUGACUAGAGCUGAACUUGAAACACUUCAAAAGCAGAAGAAAGUUAAAGUAAAAAAACCAAAACCUGAAUUUCCUGUAUAUACGCCUUUAGAAAGCACAUAUAUUCAAUCUUAUGAUCAUGGAACUUCUAUAGAAGAAAUUGAGGAGCAAAUGGAUGAUUGGCUGGAAAACAGGAACAGAACACGGAAAAAACAGGCACCUGAAUGGACAGAAGAGGACCUCAGCCAGCUGACAAGAAGUAUGGUUAAGUUCCCAGGAGGAACCCCAGGUCGAUGGGAAAAGAUUGCCCACGAAUUGGGUCGAUCGGUGACAGAUGUGACAACCAAAGCCAAGCAACUGAAGGAUUCAGUUACCUGCUCCCCAGGGAUGGUCAGACUCUCCGAGCUCAGAUCCACGGCCCAGAACUCCAGGCCCCCCAAGGCCGCCGCCACCUUGCCAGACGACAUCAUCACCCAGCGGGAGGAGGCCAAGCAGGCCGGGGAGCUGGAGGAGGAGGAGGACGGCGAGGAGGAGGCCGAGCCGGAGGCCGCGGAGGAGAGCCGGCCUCGGAGGCGGAGGCCAGCCCGGCCGCCCGAGCCGGAGGAGAAGGUCCGGGCAAAGAGGCAGAGGGACUUCGACAUGUCGGAACAGCACGAGUCCAGCGACGAUGAGAGCCAGAAGAGAGAGCGAGCGCGAGCCGCGGAGGAGCCCUGGACUCAGAGCCAACAGAAGCUUCUGGAGUUAGCGUUACAGCAGUACCCAAGGGGAUGCUCUGACCGCUGGGACAAAAUCGCCAAGUGUGUUCCGUCCAAGAGUAAGGAAGACUGUAUCGCUAGAUACAAGCUGCUGGUUGAACUGGUCCAGAAGAAAAAACAAGCUAAAAGCUGAAUCCUCUGGAAGAUGAUGUUUACCUUAUUUUCCAAAAGGAUUAUUUUAAAAAUCUUAUGCAGAAAUUUGCAUUUUGUACCUCACUAUUUCUAUACGUCAUGUGCCUUAGUAAAAAAAAAUUUUUAAUGUAAAAUAAAUGUUGUGCUACAUUGUUUAAACAAAUACUGUGUUAAAGGAGAAAAAAUCAGAUUUGGGUAUUUUAUAGAUUAUUUUCUCUCUCAUCACUGCAAAGUUUAAUUUCCUGGGGAACAAACUGAAUAGUGCUUUCUAACAGUCAGGCAAAUGUAUGAUUUUGAAGGAACAUAUGAGUGAACUAAUGUGUAAGAAUGAAAACGUAAUGUGUUUCUUUGACCAAAGAUCACAGCAGCUAAUGAGUAGCAGGAUGCCAGUAUUUGGGAGAACAAACCAGCUUUGUAUUGAGCUAGCUGCUGGGAAUAGUGUGGGGUUAUCUUAACUGUAUGUUUAUGCAUAUGUUAUAUGUAUGUAGAAAAAAAUAAGUCUAAAUGCACAAGGACAUAAUAAACUCUAAGUUUGGAUGGUUUGGUAGAAAUGCAUACCCAACGGAUAGAAUUUCCAUACAACACGUAGGCAAGGUUUUUCGGAUCUGAUGACACUGGGUCCCACUUUUCAAUACCUGAGUUAAAAAUCACUAUUUUGUGCUGUUACUUUUGACUGAACCAUCACCAUCAGCUGAGUGCUCCUUUUUAAAUCUGUCAUUUGCUCAGGGCUGAAAGCAGUUUGCUCAAGUACAGAUUGCCUAAACUUGAAAACCAUCAAGAUCACCAGAACAGUGCUUCCCUGGUGCCGCAGUGGUUGAGAAUCCGCCUGCCAAUGCAGGGGACACGGGUUCAAGCCCUGGUCCGGGAAGAUCAGAUGCUGCAGAGUGACUAAGCCCACGAGCCACAACUACUGAGCCUGCGAGCCACAACUACUGAAGCCCGCACACCUAGAGCCUGUGCUCCACAACAAGAGAAGCCACUGCAAUGAGAAGCCUGCGCACCGCAAUGAAGAGUAGACCCCGCUCGCUGCAACUAGAGAAAGCCUGCCGCGCAGCAACGAAGACCCAACACAGCCAAAAAUAAAUAAAUUAAAAAUAAAUUUUAAAAAAAUGAUCACCAGAACACAUUUCAGGGAGGUGAUCUGAUAAAAUGCUAUAAAGACGUCAUUUUUCUCUAAGGAUUGAAAUGAGGUUAGAUUCCCGGAGACGGUUUGGGUGGCAGCAGCCACACCGGCUCUGUAGCCUUUCAGCCUGAGCAGGACACACGUGGCUCCAGGUAGGCCUGCCUCUGACGCUGUGGGGGACCCGCCACCUCUGCGAUGUCAAAAAGAGCAGUGGAGAAACUGCUGCAAGUCAUUGUUCUCAUGAACUGAGUCCUCGGGCAGCAGCUCCCCUGAGCCUCAUCCUGGUCAGGAAAGGGAGGCAGCCAGGGAGGGAGAGGCUGCCUGGCCUGCAUGUCAGGAGGCCUCUUUCUAAGAACAAACAAGAGCUGGUCACGGGCGGCACCAGAGCCAACAGCUUCUGCCCCAGAACUUUCUCCUGGAGCCAGUGGGGCCAUGAGGUUAUUACUGUGCAUUCACUUCGGGCCAAGGCCCACUCCCCAUUGGUGUGGGACGUCUCAGAGGAAGAAGCUGGUGCAUGGAGGGAAUCAGGAAGGGAUUGUUCUGGCUGCUUUCCAGGCCUUGGGUCCAUCCUGUCUCUGAGUCCAGGGUCAGGCUUGUCACACAGCUUGGUUGUCCAGCCUGUGACAUUCUGUGAGCAUCCUUCCAUGAAAUCAUGCUUUUCACUUACGGUACUUUGAAUUGGGUUUCUGUUGCAUGCACCCCCAAAUCCCAUGACCAGAUUUCUGGGCUUCCAGUGUGGGGAGAGCCCCACAGGGGCCCAAAGAUGCCUUAAGAGGUAUAAUUUAGGAUGAAAUGCCCUAAUUUGCCUACCAACCUCAUCUUUUGCACACUCACUAAGGAGGAGUCUUCUAGCACUGUUUUCUACUGAUGACUAUCCCUGCCACCAGCCCCUUUCUGCAUGGCCUCCCCUAUUUGGGGGACCUGGAGCUGCUGAGUUUUGUUGAAGUAGGACCAGUGGGCCGGGUGGGGCAGGGCUCAGGAGCUCAGCUGCACACAGGAGACCCGUGGGGUUCAGUUUGAGCGAGGUCACGGGAAAGCAAUGGCACCUCCAAAAGGGGUUCCCGACACAGGUCACAUGGGGACCAGGCACGGCCCCCCUCUCCUUCCUGACGCCCCAGGGAAGUGUUCCCUAAACCCACCCCUCAGCCCCGCCUUGUGACCUUAUCUAUCUAUUCACACCUCUGAGCUGUGUGACAUCAGUGCCUUGUCUUACCUCUUUGUCUCGAUUCCUUAUCUGGAAAAAUAGGGAAUAACGGUGGCUGCUGCAUAGGUUGUUACGAUGAUAAUCUGGCUUGUUGAACACAAUAAAUGUUCUUUUUCUA